GCCGUUAGCAUCUUCUCGGUGCUACUUCAAAUCCCGUCGUGCAGCUGGGUUGGACCGGAAGUGCUUUCUCGUGACCUUGGAGUGUCAGGUUGAGCAGCAGAAGAGACAGCAUGGCUGGAAAAGAACCCGGAGGUUUUCUGCAGCAGCUGAGGCAGAUUGCAGGCCGGAUGUCUGCCGGCGGUCCGAGAGGUGCCGGCCUCGGCGUCAAACUGCUCAUCGGUGCUGGAGCACUGGCUUAUGGUGUUAAAGAAGCUACCUAUACAGUGGAAGGUGGACAGAGGGCCAUCAUCUUCAACAGAAUUGGAGGCAUGCAGAUGGACACAGUGCUCGCAGAGGGGCUGCAUUUCAGGAUACCAUGGUUCCAGUAUCCAAUCAUUUAUGACAUCCGAGCAAGACCUCGCAAGAUUUCCUCCCUCACUGGAAGCAAAGAUCUUCAGAUGGUGAACAUCGCUCUGCGUGUGCUGUCACGGCCCGUGGCCUCAAACCUGCCCUUCCUGUACCAGCACCUUGGCCAGGACUAUGACGAGCGGGUGCUGCCCUCCAUCGUCAACGAGGUCCUGAAGAGCGUCGUAGCCAAGUUUAAUGCCUCACAGCUCAUCACACAGAGAGCACAGGUGUCUCUGCUGAUCCGGAGGGAGCUGAUCGAGAGAGCUAAAGACUUCAACAUCAUUCUGGAUGAUGUGGCCAUUACAGAGCUCAGCUUCAGCAAGGAGUAUACAGCUGCUGUAGAGGCCAAGCAAGUCGCCCAGCAGGAGGCCCAGAGGGCUCAGUUCUACGUCGAGAAGGCCAAGCAGGACCAGAAGCAGAAGAUCAUCCAGGCUGAGGGAGAGGCUCAGGCUGCUAAAAUGCUGGGUGAAGCCGUAACGAAGAACCCCGGCUACCUUAAACUGAGACGCAUCCGCGCCGCCCAGAACAUCGCCAAGACGGUGUCGACCUCGCAGAAUAGAGUAUACCUGAAUGCAGACAAUCUAGUGCUGAACCUUCAGGACAGCUCCUUCAACAACCUGUCCCUGGGGAAAUGAGGAGAGCCGGCUCAGGGGAGUGCGUGCAUUCCAUGUGUUGAUCGUCUGUCCUGUAUUUAAUGUCUACUACAAAGCGACCUCUCUCAGCAGUGCCUGUGUCAGAGUGCAGGUUUUCCAGCAAAGGGGUUGCGUGCCCUUUAAAACACACACACUCACACACACACAAAUAUAUAUACACACAUUUAAAGAGACUUUACACAUGGUUUAGAGACAACCUAUUAAAAGGUUCGAAGGUCACAUAAGAGUCUCGUUAUAAUCUGCGGCUUAAUAGAAACUAAUGAAUAAUUUAUAUAGUGUAACAGAUCGAAGCAUUGAGAGAAGUCACGUUUAACUGUUUAUACCUUUUGAGACUUGUUAUAGUAUUAUGAAAACACACCUACGUAUUCUCUAAUCUGUUGACGUUUCCGAAGGGCCGCUCAGCCGUUAGUGACUGUUUACACUAUUCAUUUUUAGUUUGCUUUUGUCCCUGCUGUUUUUCCUGCGCUCAGGGACCAGCGAGCUCCUCUGCAGUGUGUAAUCUGACACAACACCUAAAAGAGGUUUCAUUAAAUCUUUUGAUUUUUCAGACUAA